GGCGCGGGGCUUCCUGUCUAAGAUGGCGUCCCCCGUAGCGGCGCGAGCACGGACACUUCUGCGGGAGCUGGUGCUGCGGCCCCCGCUGCUGUCGGCCCGGUGGCAGGCAGUUCAGUUAACCCCCCGAAGAUGGCUGAACCUGCAGGAAUACCAGAGCAAGAAACUGAUGUCUGACAAUGGAGUCAAAGUUCAAAGAUUCUUUGUAGCAGAUACUGCAAAUGAAGCUCUGGAGGCUGCUAAGAAACUAAAUGCAAAAGAAUUUGUUUUGAAAGCCCAGAUCUUAGCUGGAGGAAGAGGAAAAGGUGUCUUCAGUAGCGGUUUGAAAGGAGGUGUUCAUUUAACAAAAGACCCUCAAGUUGUAGGACAGCUGGCUAAACAGAUGAUUGGAUAUAAUCUAGCAACAAAACAAACUCCAAAAGAAGGUGUGAAAGUUAACAAGGUGAUGGUUGCUGAAGCCUUGGACAUUUCCAGAGAAACCUACCUGGCCAUUCUGAUGGACCAAUCCUGCAAUGGCCCUGUACUGGUGGGCAGCCCUCAGGGGGGUGUUGACAUUGAAGAAGUGGCAGCUUCGAAUCCAGAACUUAUUUUUAAGGAGCAAAUCGACAUUAUGGAAGGGAUAAAGGACAGCCAAGCUCAGCGGAUGGCAGAAAAUCUAGGCUUCCUUGGGCCUCUGAAAAACCAGGCUGCAGAUCAAAUUAAGAAGCUGUACAAUCUCUUCCUGAAAAUUGAUGCUACUCAGGUGGAAGUGAAUCCCUUUGGUGAAACUCCAGAAGGACAAGUUGUCUGUUUUGAUGCAAAGAUAAACUUUGAUGAUAAUGCAGAAUUCCGACAAAAGGACAUAUUUGCUAUGGAUGACAAAUCGGAGAAUGAGCCCAUUGAAAAUGAAGCUGCCAAAUAUGAUCUAAAAUAUAUAGGACUGGAUGGGAACAUUGCCUGCUUUGUGAAUGGUGCUGGACUUGCCAUGGCUACUUGUGACAUCAUCCUCCUGAAAGGUGGGAAGCCAGCCAACUUCUUGGAUCUUGGUGGUGGUGUAAAGGAAGCUCAAGUCUAUCAAGCUUUCAAACUGCUCACAGCUGAUCCUAAGGUGGAAGCCAUCCUUGUCAAUAUUUUUGCUGGAAUUGUCAACUGUGCCAUUAUUGCCAAUGGGAUCACCAAAGCCUGUCAAGAGCUGGAACUCAAGGUGCCUCUGGUGGUCCGGCUGGAAGGAACCAAUGUCCACGAGGCCCGGAACAUUCUCAGUAACAGCAGACUCCCCAUUACUUCAGCCGUCGACCUGGAGGACGCAGCCAAGAAGUCUGUGGCCAGCGUGGCUAAGAAAUGACAGCUUUGUCCUGACACCUUAGAGGAAGAAGUCCAUUUUGCCAUAAAAAAGGAAUGUUUCUCUCAUCACUGUGAAGUGUGAAGGAAAUGGUUAUCCCAUUGGGAAAAAAGGGAUAGGGGAUGAGCCAGGGGAUGAAUCACUGUAUGAAAGAUCUUAAAUCUGCAUUUUCUUGAAUAAGACAGCUAGACAGCCUAAAUAAUCUGAUUUCACAUAUUAGAGUCUUUAUUAAUAUCUGUUCUCAUACUUUUCCAUCAUGGUAAGCCUGCUCUUAGGCAUUGUUUUGCCAACUUUAGGGGAGCAGUCUCUUUGGCCAAACAGAGUGUGUAUAUAUGGAAUUUGAGAUCAGACCCUGGUUCAUUUACAACGAUUUUACAAUAAUUUUUAAUCUUAAAAGAAUCAUAUACUGUAAAAAACUCAAAAAAAUACGUUUAGCAGAUUAUCAAAAAGGCACAGCUAAGACAUUCAAAACUGUUGCACACUGCAACAGCUUUUACAAGUUCUAAUUCCAGCACGCUUAGAAAAUCCAUGAAUGUUCCAAAACAUAUUAUUUUAUAGUGGAAAACGCACAUUAAUAUCCCACACAUGCAUUCUACCAUUUGCCUUAAUAUUGAAUAUACUGUUUACCUCACACUAAAAAUAAAGCCAGAAGCCUUAUUUGUGAUUUUGUCAGAGAAGAUUCUAUUUCAAAGUCAAAACCAAAGAAUGCUGAUUCUUAUGGAAAUCUCCAUAAUUAAGUCAUUUCAAGAUGAAACAGUGCUGAAGAUCAAAUUAUGUUGUAUCAGUAUCUUUUCUUCCCCUCCCUGUUGCCUCCAGAAUCUACCAGCUGGGAAAAAUGUGUCUUUUUCUCAUAAUAUCCAUUUUUGUGGUGGGAAAGAAUUUGAAUUAUGUCUAUGUUUAAAUUUGGGUAAAUUUUUAUCUGUACACAAAUUUAAAUAAAAUCCUGUGUUUUGUAAGCUCUAA